AUGAUCUCCGUGGAGUUCGCGCUGAAUUCCAGACACCAAAGAGGAGAAAGGGCAGCAUCGACGAGUUGGAAGGGCGCGCGGCAGUUGGUCCUAACGGCGCACUGCCAUGCAUCCUGCAUUCACGACCUCGAAGUGAUUCAAAGUCGACCCUCUCUUCGCGGCCGGGUACACCUUUACCAGGGGAUGCUCUCCAGACGUGUUCUGGAACACCAGCUUCCUGUGGGGCGCCUCUGCCAACCGUUGCAGCGCUCUCCUCAUCUGUGCCGUUGCCUCGUGGGCGGCGACCUCCAUCAGCAACCUGCAGGAGGAGGUCUAGCACCCUUGGACUGCGGCAACCAAGCGGCUUGCAUGUGCCUGUUCUCACCUGCGACAGCCUUCGCCCCCCCAUCUGCGCUGAGGCUGGCACGUCACUCCGGCCGGGGUCAUGAAGCCUGCGAGUCACCGCUGCUGUUGAGAUUCCACAUCAAGCUUCGUCAGUUGCUGCCGGGGCGAAUUAUGCACCUGGCAAGCCUCUGCUGUCUUGGAGUUACAAGCGCCUCAGACACAGAUGGCAGUCUCGUGUUCAGUUUGGAAUACGACUGUACAGCUUCUUAUAUGGCCAAGCGCCAUGCACCCGUUACACGGGAGCAUGACGAACUUUGA